CUGCUGUUAUAAUUUUCUAGCUAUUAGUGAGGUGCUUGGAAACUCAACCCUACCCAGUGUAUGGCAUGUCAGCAGAGGAUAAUAAAUAUAAUCCCAUCCCAACUAGUAGAUUGGCUCCCACUUGAUGAGAAAUGUUAAAAAUCUGGAGGUUUGCUUUUUUUUCGUGGACUCAUUGAAAAGGGGAGUAAAGCAGGAAUUGCUUUUGAACUGCUGCAUCUGGUUUCUCAUGAGGUAUUUUAUAAUAGCAUAAACUGAGGCUUUAAUCCUAAAAUAAAGAUUCUUUACUAGAUUCUUUGCAAAGAGAAAAUAUUAGUGUAGUAAAGUUUAUUAAAGACAAUAAUUUUACAAAAUUUUAAGUACUUUAAUACAAUUCUUUUUUGCUAAGACUCAGUGAAUAUGUGAUGCUGUGACAGCUGGUUUUUCAUGGUAGCCAAGGACUUAGACUGUUACUGUGAUAUGAAUUCUGACGUUAUGCUUCUUAAUGGUCCUUCUUUGUUUUAGUCUCUAUAUUUCUUUUUUAAAUUAGCUUAAAAUUCUAUUAAUACUAUAUAAUUAAUUUAAAAUGUUUUCAUUGUAGGAGUGUGGAUGAAUUGGUCUAUCUUGCAUAAAACAUAAAUGGCUUUUUGUCCCAAAGUAUAAGAAUUUCACAGAAAAUUUUAUAUCAGCCUUAUUGACAAUGAUGUUCCUCAAGAGUGAGUUGUCAGUAGCUGCAUCAUGCACUGAUUAAUACUAACAGUUGUGAUGAAGGAAAUUUUGUUCUAAUCCAAAUCAAGAGAACUUGCAAGGUUAGAGAACUUACAAGUCUCUCUUGUCUCUUGCAAUCGGUAGUUGCACUUACCUGAGGUAAAGCUUCAAUUUUAAUUGUAAAUACUGUAGGUUGUUUAGUAGGCCAGAUUGCUUCUUUUUUACAAAGAAGUAAAAGCCAUGGGUCAGGGAACCCAUGUUGAUUUUAGUCUUUUUUUAUCUACUAUUGCAAUAAUAUUAAUAUGUUUUAUGGUUAUGCCUAUGCAGUAUGCAGGGUUUGUCAUCUUAAUCAGUUUUAUGCCCAAAAAAGUAGAUCAGUUGCUGUGAUAAUGCAGAGGUCACACAUAAUUUUUGUUGCUUUUUACAGUCUUCACAUUCCCUGUAUAAUAGGGCUGUGAUUCACAACCCUUGAUGAAUUUGCUCUGGUAGCCAAGGCAGUUGAUGCCUUCUAACUGUGGAAGAGACUCUGUGUACUGCAGCUCCAAGAGGAAUCAACCAUCAGUUCUCUCAUUUUUACCACCCUAUGUUAUUGCAGUGCAGUGGUUUGCUGUGCUGUAAAUUGGUGCUGCCUUUCAUUUAUCGUGCCAUUGGCUCAAAGCAUCUUCCUGCCAGUAACAUCAGUUUUGUUCAUCUUGAUUCCCAUCCAGACCUUCUUAUUCCUGUGAAUAUGCCUGCAGACACUGUAUUUGACAAAGAAGCUCUUUUUAGUGAAUUAAGUAUUGAAAACUGGAUUAUGCCUGCUGUUUAUGCUGGCCAUAUUUCUCAAGUAGUGUGGCUUCACCCACGCUGGGCUCAGCAGAUCUCGGAAGGGAAACACAGUUUUCUGGUUGGGAAAGAUGUAUCAACAACAACUAUCAGGGUUACAGGCACAGAUAAUUACUUCUUAAGUGAUGGUCUUUAUGUUCCUGCUGAUCAGCUGGAAAACCAGAAGCCUUUAAAUUUGCACGUCACUCUCAUCAAUCCUACUGAAUCAUCAAACAGCGGUGAAGGAAGUGGCGAAGUAGCAUCUGCUAAAAGACUGAAGCUAAAUACAGAUGACACAUCAAGUGCCACUUCUGCCUCUUCAGUGGCUCCUGCUGACUUUGAUCACAUCACCCAGAGUGUGAAGAAAAAGGAAAUGCAAAAUGCAGAUGCCCUGAAUGGGGCAGAAACUUUGGCAGAAGAUUCAGCUUCAAGCCAUCUUAAAAACAGUGAAUGCCCAAUAAGGGCCAUUGCUAAAGAUGUCUGCCAAGUACUGCAGAAGGGGGAUGCAUAUGUUUUGGACAUUGACUUAGAUUUUUUUUCAGUUAAAAAUCCAUUUAAAGAAAUGUACACACAGACAGAAUAUGAGCUUUUGCAGGAGUUGUACAAUUUCAAGAAGCCACAUAAAAAUGCAACAGAGGAAGACUUGCUGGAUUGUGUUGAAAACCGUGUUCAUCAGCUGGAAGAUCUGGAAGCAGCAUUUGCGGAUUUGUGUGACACUGAUGAUGAAGAAACCAUACAGAAAUGGGCUUCAUAUCCUGGAAUGAAGCCACUUGUUCAACUAGUUCACAGUUUGAAAACCAGGAUGGAAAGCCCAGACUAUGAAAUGGUCCAUCAGGCUGGUCUCACCUGUGAUUACGUGGAGCUUCCUCACCAUGUUAGCACUGAAGACGAGAUUGAAGGCCUCAUACAGUCCAUUAAAGUUCUACUGACAGAUCUGCCCAAGCCCACACUGGUGACAGUUGCUCGAUCAAGUUUGGAUGAUUACUGCCCUUCAGAGCAGGUUGACAUCAUUCAAGAGAAGGUUCUCGAUUUACUGCGUUCUGUGUAUGGCUCACUGGAUGUGCACUUAGAUUACUCAAGCACUUCAUCUUCUUCGUGACCUUUCUUUGUGUGUUGCUGUCUGAUGCAGAGGAUUAAUUUAAAUUGUUCAUUAGCUGUGAGUGCAAGGGUAACACUGCUGUUAUUUCAGCAGGUGGCACUAGAACCCAAGCUGACCAAGCUAGGGUUUGAGUUGCAUUGUUUUCUCCACAGCUGCACCUGUUUGGCUUUGUUCAGAUUAGUGCUGUAAUUCUUAUUUUUACUGUCUUGUUUCUUAAAAUUGGUGCAAGAGAAACAAUGUCUUGUCCAUAAAUUGAGGGGUUAUGUCCCAUUUCUUUGUGUCUGUAAAAAAAAUAAAAUACAUAAUUUCUUAAAAUGGUUUUCCAUUAUGUUUGUUUUUUGUAAUUUGGUAACAGAUUUGCUCCUGAGUUGUAUUAUGUCUUUUAAAAACUGGUCUUAAAAAUGCCCUUAAAACUGUUGAUCUAUGUAGUGAUCUUUCCUAUCUGUUGUGCUGGGAUUACCCUCUCAUUUCUCUAGAGCAGCUCAUAGUUUCUGCCCCAUCCACAGAAUAUCAUUCAUGUUUAUUUUCUGUUUCACUAAUGUCUUAUUUUGCCUUAGAGUAUUUUAUUGGUGGCUUAGGUAAUAUCCCUAAUGUACAGACAUUGGGCUUGGUAUUUUCACUUUUACAUUAUUUUGAGGAUAAAAAGUAUGUGUGCAUGUGCAUGCUUUUAUGUUUUAAAUCCUGUAAGGAAUUGAUGGCUCUUCAGAAACAAAGAUUUUGCUUCACUGAAGUCAGCAGCAAAACGUUCUGUACCAGGUUUUCACUCAUUUUGGUAUUGCUAUUUAGGUAAUAACAGUUCUAGAACUACUUAAUUCAGAAAUCAAUAUAGUUAUAGAGAAUACUGGCACUUUCAGAGGAAAAAACCCCACAGCUUUUAUUGGGAAUGAAACUGAAACAGGAAAGAAAAUGCUACCUAGAAUAUGGUCUUUUAUCAUGAAUAAAUUUUGCUUGUAGUUUCUUCUGAAAAAACGGAGUUCAUUUGCUAACUUUGCUUUACAAAAACUUUGUGCACUUUUAGAGUUUUUUAUUGCUUCUGUUGUUGGUAAAAAUGACUAUAUUAUAGAUUGUAAAUAUAUCAUUCCUUUAAAAUAUUUGUUCUAGUAGAAUACAUUCCAUGGCCAUGGAUCUGUUUUAUUUGUGGUUUUGUGACAUGCCUGUCACAAGGAGCCUUGGAGCCAAUAUCCUUAAUACUUCAUCAAUUAUGAAGAGCCAUACAUCACAUGCAGCAAUGAAGUGCAGUCAGAUAUGUGCUGCUUGUGGAAAGAUUGUUUUUUUUAAAAGUUAAAGAUCCUUCAUGCUGGGCUUUUCUAAGGUUGUAGAAAACAAAAAAACCAUGUGCGGCGUGGCUGAGACCCUCCUGGGUGGGCAGGUAAGAACCAGUUUUCCUUGGCGAAAGCCUAGGCAAGGGAGGGCAAAAUGCUGCCUGGCAGCCAGGGCUGAGGGAUCCAGGUGGGGGAACUUCUACUAUGGACCAAACCAAACAGUGCCUGCAUCUCUGCCUGGAUCCUGCUCUGGGGUGCCUUGUUUGAUGGGGUAACAAAAUUAAACUUACUUCUUUGCAUUUUA